UGCCUCGGAACUAGCCAUAAUUUUAAAGGGUGCCUCGGAACUGGCCAUAAUUUUAAAGGUGCCUCGGGACUGUCCAUACUUUUAAAGGAUGCCUCGGGACUGGCCAUAAUUUUAAAGGGUGCCUCGGGGCGGUCCAUAGUUUUAAAGGGUGCCUCGGGACUGGCCAUAAUUUUAAAGGGUGCCUUGACUAAAAAAAAAAGGUGGAGAAACACUGCUUUAGAUAAUUUUGCAUGAAAUGCCUGAUUUUCUCAUCAUGUGUACUAGGCUUUAGGUUUGAAGAAGCACUUUAUUAUGAAAUGUGCAUACAUACUGUAUCCUAUUAUAGAG